GCCAUGACAGCAGUUGCUAACCAGCACUAGCAGACUAGCAGUUUAUCCUGAGGCAUACUGUGGUGUAGAGAUAUACAGCUGGCUCUACUGCUGCCAACUGCAAUGCUAACAGGACUUUGACUACAGGCGAGUUGGGGUGACGCUGCAUGCACCUCAGGGCUGUGUGCUCGGGAACAGAGGAAAACCCGGGGGUCCCGCUAAUGUCCCAGCUGAGCUUCUAGCUGUAACUCCACCAGGCGUCCGCGCUUCAGCAUCAUGCUGCACGUCACCCUGCUCCUCCAUCUCCUGGUCCUGUCACUCGCCUCUGCAGAUGCAUCAGUGCACAAGGAGAUACCUGACUUUUAUGGAGAUGAAGCCACAGGUUACGGGCCAGUGUUUGAGGAGCAGCCGGUGGAGACCAUCUACCCUGAGGAGUCGCCUGAGGCAAAAAUCAUCAUGAGCUGCCGGGCCCGGGCCAGUCCACCUGCCACAUACAAGUGGUUGAAGGAUGACAUGGAAAUUGACUUGAAGGCACAAGGCAGACACUACAGUUUAAUGGGAGGCAACUUGGUCAUCAGCAACCCCACAAGAACCGAACAUGUAGGAAAGUACUCAUGUUUGGCCAGCAACAUGUACGGCACGGUCAUCAGCCGAGAGGCCUCAGUCCAAUUCGGAUACCUCGAUCUUUUCUCGUCAGAGGAGAGGGAAUCAGUGUAUGUGAAAGAGGGACAGGGGGCCGUGCUGCUCUGCGCUCCCCCACCACAUUAUCCAGCCGAGCUGUCGUUCCGAUGGAUCCUCAACGAAUUCCCCACCUUCAUCUCACUGGACAAGAGGCGUUUUAUCUCCCAGAUAACGGGUAAUCUCUAUAUCUCCAAGGUGGAGUCCUCAGACAGCGGCAACUACUCCUGCAUUGCCUCCAGCCAGUCCAUUUCCAAGAGCGUUUUCUCCAACUACAUCCCCCUCGUACCUCUGGCUGAACGUCCCGUCAGGAAAUACCCCGCUGACCUCAAAGUGAAGUUCCCAGACACCACUGCUCUGGUGGGGCAGAAUAUCACCUUGGAAUGUUUCGCUUUGGGGAACCCCGUCCCUGAGAUCCGCUGGAAGAAGUUAGAUGGACCGCUGCCACCCAAUCAUGAGGUGCGGAUGGCGGGAGCUCACCUGAACCUAUACAAUGUGCAGUUUGAAGACGGCGGCACCUAUCAGUGUGAGGCAGUGAACGUGAGAGGAAAGGACUACCAUACUGCACGUGUGUCUGUAGAAGCUUUUCCUGAGUGGGUGGAGCACAUCAGCAGCACAGAGAAAGAUCUCAGUAGCGAUUACACUAUGUCCUGCAUACCCAGUGGCAAUCCUAAACCACACAUCCGCUGGCUGAAAAAUGGAGAACUGUUGGACAGGAAAGAGAUGAGGUUCAGCAGCUUGACGUUUGAUGAUUCAGGAAUGUACCAAUGCAUAGCAGAGAAUCGCCAUGGAAUCAUAUACGCCAAUGCAGAGCUGCGUGUGUUUGCCUGUGCACCCACGUUUGAACACUACCCAUUGAAGAGAGUUCUGGCAGCUAAAAACGGCCGGGUGGUGAUCGAAUGCCGACCCAAAGCGGCUCCAAAGCCUACCUUCUCCUGGAGCAAAGACACCGAGCUGAUUUCCAACUCUACCAGGGUGUUCAUCUGGGAAGACGGGAGCCUGGAGAUCCUCAACGUGACGCGAGCAGAUGAAGGCAGAUACACCUGCUUCGCAGAGAAUGACCGGGGAAAAGCCAACAGCACGGGCUCUUUGUUGGUUACAGACUCCACAAAGAUCACCCUGGCACCGUUCAAUUCUGAUGUUAAAGUGGGUGAAAAUGCCUGGAUGCAGUGCGCCGCAUCACAUGACACCUCUCUGGACAUCACCUUCAUAUGGUCCCUGGAUGGCCGGGUCAUUGACCUACACAAGGACAGUCAGCAUUAUGAACGUUCCCCGAAUGGAAGUUCAAACGGCGAGCUACUGAUCAAGAAUGCCCAGCUGAAACAUGCUGGACGCUACACCUGCACCGCACAGACCCCCAUUGACAAUGUUACCGCCUCUGCCCACCUGGUUGUCAGGGGUCCCCCCGGUGCCCCAGGUGGGCUGCGAGUGGUGAACAAAACCCACAAGAGUGUAACACUGCAGUGGAGCCGUGGAGCAGACAACCACAGCCCCAUCUCCAAAUAUACCAUCCAGUACAGAGACUCCUUCUCAAAAGAUGUCUGGAAGAAUGCCACUACAUCUCCUGCAGAUGUAGAGGGGAAUGAAGAGAUGGCCACAGUGGUGGAUUUGUUCCCCUGGACCGAAUAUGAGUUCAGAGUGAUUGCCACCAACACUUUGGGGACAGGAGAGCCAAGCAGCCCAUCACAUAAAGACAGAACGCUGGAAGCAAUUCCUGUGGUUGCGCCCUCGGACGUCGGCGGUGGUGGAGGGACUAGCAGAGAACUGACCAUCACGUGGACGCCUGUACAGCCACAGUACUACUACGGGCCUAAUUUUGGCUACAUUGUGGCCUUUAAACCGGAAGAUGAAAAGCAUUGGAGUCUGGUGACAGUAGCUGACCCCGAGGCCAAGCGCUAUGUCCACAAAGACGCCUCCCUCCCUCCAUCGACAAAGUUCAACGUGAAAGUAAAAGCGUUCAACAGGCAAGGAGAGGGACCCUUCAGCCUAACAGCUGCCAUUUAUUCAGCACAGGAUGCUCCAUCUGAAGCUCCUAAAGCGGUUGAGGCUAGAGCUCUCUCUGCCACAGAUGUCAUCGUGUCAUGGCAGCAUCUCUCACAGAGCAGUAUAGAUGGGUACCAGGUGAAGUACUGGAGGAAACAUGAAGACUCUGAAGCGGGGGCACAGAGGGUGACGGUAUCCGGGAGGGACAACCACACCAAGCUGGAGGGUUUGAGGGCCGACUCCAACUACCGUAUUGAGGUUCGGGGUUACAACUCUGCAGGAUACGGGCCAGGCAACGAGGGCCUCCAGAUCCGCACCAAGAAACCCCCUCCAAGUAAAGCCCCCUUAAUAACUGGACAAAAGUUAAAGGGCAGCACAAUAAAUGUUGCCUGGGAACAUGUGCAACCACUAGCCAACGAGUCCGUGAUAACUGGUUACAAAGUGCUGUACAGGCAGCAGGGCCAAUCCUCAGGCACUCUGUAUACAACCAGUAAACAGUCCAUAGACCUUCCCCUGCAUGCAGAUGGGAUCUAUGUGGUGGAGGUCCGGGCACACUCAGAUGGGGGAGACGGGGCUGUCGCACAAAUUCAAAUCACAGGUGGAGGUGUCGUGGAUGCCCAGUCUCUCAGCGUAGUCACCCUGCUCCUGGUGGCUGUCCUCUGCCUGAACCUCUGAAUGUAGCCAUCUUUGUCUUCACUUCCCGUGAAGGAGCCUAUAAGGACUUUGGGACUCUAUAAACAAAUGGUUCCACCCUAUAACCCGGGACGUCAUAUUCCAGCUCUUACCCUCUGGAAUAUAUUUGUGGAAAUAGACACAGAAGUGAAAAAAAAAAUUGGAAAUGGACAAAGACAUCCCUUAUUUAUCCACAAAAAGCCUCUUUGGAGGAGUGUCAAAGGAGUUCUGUCAACUUUUUAAAUAUGCCUUAUAUAAAUGACUGCACCUAUCUUUCACAAUAACUUGUUUCAAAAUGGAUCAUGACUGAAAGUGCAAACAUUACACUUUGCAUAGGUUGGCUGUAUUUUUACAUCAUGAAGCCGACCUUUCUUACAUAUAUAAAGACGCUGUUUGUUUGGAAAUGUAGGCUUCAUUUGAUUUGUGAUAUUUUGAAAAAUCUACCCUACAGUGCAUUCCAUAGUAUAAGGUAAACAAUAAGUUGUGAAGGAUAAGUGUAUGAGUUUAUAAAAAUGUCUUUAUGUCUUUCUUUACUUGCUGUUCAGUGGCAUUGUCUUCUACUUUCUUUUUAAAAUGAAGCACACCUUUUGUUACAGAGAUACAGUCAAAGCAAAUCUCAUCUUCUCAUCAUAUUUGAUUUUAUUAACAAACAUAGAGGGAAAAGCAGGUUAUGUCAUGCAGAAAUAAUAUAUCCAAUAAUUGAUGUGCUUUUUUAAUCUAAUAUACUAUGGAUGUUAUUUGAAAUAACUAAUUUUGACCUGCAAUCAAUGCUUAUUUCCAAAUCAUAACAUAAGCUAUAUGAAUAGAAUACCACUUUGAAAAAAAAUGUAUGCAUGUUGACAUUGUUACAUGGAGCAAAUGUUUGAAAUGGUUCAAAAGUGUGAAGAGUUGAGUUGAAUGUAAAGCAAACCAUAUGAACAAGAAAUGAAAUGAACAACAUAUCAGACAUGCAGUUUCAAAUGCAAAACUGCAGCAAACAAUGUGUGACAGUUAAGUGGUUAUUUUGAUUGCUUGCCACCUCUGGUUUUAUCUGUACAACUGUGUAGUGAUCCUGACUUUGAUGCAAUAUCUUGCUCAGUAUUGAGACAGAAAACUGCUCCAUGUUUGUGAACUAAACCUAAACUAAAAAAAAAAAAAAAACUUUUGUUUUGACUGUAUCAUUAGGACCUCAGUGGUACCCACUGGUGCUUUGUAAAGAAUGUUGGCAUUUUAUUUAGUGUAAACAUUUUCAUUUCAUCUCUCUCGUUUAUGGCUUUGUGUGACACUCAUGCCCUCCAAUAAUUGUGCAAUGUCUGAUUCAUCUGUGGCUACUUUAUCAUUUCUAAUAAGACAACUUGCCUAGCUCCUAUGACAGUGAUCUAGUAUAUUUCAUUUUUCAUUAUCUGGUAUAAACAGAAUCAUAAGCAAAGCCAUCCAUGUCAGCGGUAAGAGCCAGUCCAAAGCUCAUGACGUGUCCACUGAUUUUUUUGGCGUCUUUUUAUUAACAUGUGAUCAGAGAUAUAUAAACAUUACCAACUGUUGUCAGUUUUGUUUAUGAUUAUUAUAUUUGUAUGUCAUUAUGACCCACCUCUAGCUGGACAGUUAAAAAGUUUAUUUCCUUCGAAUGGGGGAACAAAGGCUGUGUUUUAAAUUCCUCCGAUUCAUUUCUUGUAUGACUGAUGCUGGCCAUGCUUCUACAUUGUGACUAUAUCAACAUCCACCACAAAGUGCUUUUCCCAGUUUUCCUUCAUGCGACAAAUCAUAAAAAGAGUUGCCAAAUGCAUGAAUGCCUUGAACUUUGACAUUUUGGACGAAGAAGUGGCUCUACAUUUUAACAUGCAUGAGACAAGGUGGCUCAUUACUUUGCAACAAAUCAACGUCAUAGCAACUUCUCAACCUCUCAGCUUCAUAUGAAAUACAUUCCAUUCCUGAGUGACAUCCCUUUACGUCAGAGACAGUGUAGAUGUAAGCCUAAUACAUGCAUUAGCUGCUAAGCUUCAUUAAGCCAGUCAUCUCAUGAGGGGGAGGAUUUUUAGGGAGAAAAUCUUAAACUGACUAAAGGAAUCUCACUCAUUUAAGUUCAGAAAAGGUCCUGCAGUCCCAAGCACAUGAUGGUUGGGAUUUGAUAGCAUCACUGUUGGCAGUGGCGGCAUGCUUGCUGAUGUUCAGCGCUUCGCUGGACUUGAACGGCACUUGUGAGGGAUGAAACUGGAACCUCUCACUGGCUGGACAAGGAACAAUAAAAGUGUAGUUAACUAUUAAA